CACGGUUGCACCGCCCCAAGCUCUUCUUCCCCCCGCCUGCCCCGCGUCUUCUCUCCUGACCUUCAAACCAUCAUUUCCAAUAUUCCUCAAUCACAACAGCCAACUUCCUUUAGGAGUCAAGGUUGACUUGGACUACCAGUACAAAGCAACUAGCAAUUAUUCAUCAAGAAGAUAAAUAUCAUGGUCGAACACGAACCUGAACCGAAGCGCUUUUCCCCGAAGAUCCCUGUGCAGCUCGACCCUCCCAAAUAUGAUCCGAUAACUGUGGAGGAACUGUCGAAAUGUGACGGCACCGAUUCGAACCGCCCUACCCUAGUCGCAAUCAAGGGAAUCGUUUUUGACGUGACCCGCAAUGCUGCUUAUAGCUCUAGUGGACAGUACCACGUAUUUGCCGGAAAGGAUCCCUCCCGCGCCCUGGCCUCCUCGUCGCUCAAGCCUGAGGAUUGCCGACCGGAUUGGUACGAUCUUGAGGAUAAAGAGAAGACGGUUCUCGAUGAAUGGUUCACCUUCUUCAGCAAACGGUACAAUAUUGUUGGGAAAGUAAAGGACGCUACAAACUAUUGAAACAAUUUGAUGAGACCUUUGCGUUACUUCGUCUAUUCGCCAGCGCUCUCUAUCAUGAGCGCGCCAUAAAUGUGCUUUCGGCCCAUGGUGCCUUCAUGCGUUGUUGUGAUACCUAAUGCUUUAGUCUAUUAGACCUGGGGUGAUACUUGGAAUGACCUGUACUGGGUGACAUUGGAAAUAUGCACAAUCGAUGAUCAUUA